AGAGUGUGUCCUCGCGGUGUUCGUGUGCUGAGAAACUAGUGCAGAGGUGGCAUGCUUCCAGACACAAGGGGAUAAAGCCCGCAGAGAUAGAAUGAUGCAAAACGCUAUUCUUUGGUGGAGCAGCUUGUGUGUCAGAUUGAUGUUUGUCUUCUGGCCAUGUGCAUCAGCUGGAAAGCAAUGUCACAUCCAAAAUGAAAUGGCUGACUGCAGUCACCUAAAACUGACUCAAAUUCCCUCUGAUCUUCCAAACAAUAUAACGAGUUUGGACAUUUCUCAUAAUCAGCUAAGACAGCUAGGUCCUGCAAAUCUGACCAAGUACAGCCAGCUGGUUUACUUGAAUGCAGGCUACAACAGCAUCUCUAAACUGCAACCAGAAUUGUGCCAAAAUGUGCCCCUGCUGCAGAUUCUGAAGUUAGAACAUAAUGAAUUGUAUAAGCUCCCUGACAGAGUCUUUGCUUCCUGCACCAACCUGACCGAGCUCAAUCUAGGAUACAACAGACUAAAUAUAAAAAAUGAUCCUUUCAAAACCCUGAAGAACUUGAAAAUUUUGGACCUAUCUCAUAAUUCUUUGAAGUCAGCCAAUUUAGGAUUGGAGCAACAGUUGGAGAGACUUCAUGAGCUCAGGUUGGGAAGCAACCAAAUCACUGAGUUGAAAAAAGAAGACUUCAGUUUUCUUAGCAACACCUCACUGAAUAGUCUUGAUUUGUCAUCAAAUCCACUAAAAGAGUUUCAUACGGGAUGUUUCCAUACAAUUGGAAAUUUGUGUGGCCUCAUACUGAACAAUGUUGAACUUGGUGAAAAUGGCACAAAGAAACUUUGCACAGAAUUAUCAAACACAGCGAUUCGAAACCUCUCACUGAGCCAUGUGAAACUUUCCUACAUUGGCAAGUCAACUUUCCAGGGACUGCAAGGAACAAAUCUUACAAUUUUAAACCUUUCCCAAAAUUCUCUCUCUGAUGUAGAAAAUGACUCAUUUCAGUGGCUUUCAAGUUUACAAUACUUAAACCUGAAGAUUAAUAAUAUUCAUGUAUCUUCACGUUUAUUUUAUGGAUUAUCCAGCCUUAAAUAUUUGAAUCUCAUAAACUCAGUUACCGGGAAAAUUGAAGAUUUUUCUUUUCAUUGGCUAUACCACCUGGAGUACCUUAUAAUGGAUAAUAACAAUUUUCCAAGAAUUACUGCUAAUAUGUUCACAGGUCUGAACUACCUGAAAUAUCUGAGUCUCUGCAACUGCAACAUAAACUUACAAAGAAUAACUAAUAAAACAUUUUCAUCACUUGCUAAUUCUAGCUUACAGGUUCUCAACCUCACAAAAACCAGAAUCUAUACAAUAGAAAGUGGGGCAUUUUCUUCCCUGGGACACCUGAAAAUUCUUGAUCUUGGUCUCAAUGAAAUUAGUCAACAGCUUACAGGUCAUGAGUUUAAAGGUCUCAAUAAUAUACAAGAUAUUUAUCUUUCCUAUAAUAAAAACUUGACUUUGCAAAGUGAAUCAUUCAUUUUUGUCCCAGGCCUUAGAAAACUGAUGCUGAGGAAGGUAGGCUGCAGUAAUCUGGCACUUUCUCCUUCACCUUUUCAUCCUCUGCGAAACCUGACUGUCCUGGACAUCAGCAAUAACAACAUAGCAAACAUAAAAGAAGACUUGUUUGAUGGACUUGACAAACUUGAUAUCCUGGAUCUGCAGCACAAUAAUUUAGCCCGGCUUUGGAAACAUGCAAAUCCGGGUGGCCCUGUUCUUUUUCUAAAGGGUCUUCCCAAUUUGCGAAUUCUUAAUUUAAAAUCAAAUGGGCUUGAUGAAAUUCCAGUUCAGGUUUUCAAGGGUCUGUUUCAAUUAAAACACUUGGAUUUAGGCUCAAAUAAUUUGAAUUUGCUUCCAGCAACUCUGUUUGAUGACCAAGCCUCUCUGAAUUCAUUGAAGCUUCAGAAAAAUCUGAUAACCUCAGUUGAAGAAAAAGUAUUUGGCCCACCUUUCAGGAGCUUGAGAAAACUAGAAAUGGAUUCCAAUCCCUUUGAUUGUACCUGUGAAAGCAUUGCUUGGUUUGCUGAUUGGCUUAAUGAGACCCAAGCAGAUAUACCUGGAUUGAGGUCCCAGUACAUUUGCAACACCCCACCUAAAUAUCAUGGUAGUCUGGUUUUGUAUUUUGAUAGUUCAGCCUGCAAAGACAGUGCUCCAUUUAAACUUCUUUUUGUGAUCUCUACCACUAUUGUGACGCUAUUCAUUGUUAUUGUCCUUACCAUCCAUUUUGAAGGGUGGAGAAUAGCUUUCUACUGGAAUAUUUUAGUCAAUCGAAUGCUUGGUUUUAAAGAAUUUGAGAGACAACAGGAACAGUAUGAUUAUGAUGCCUAUGUUAUUCAUGCAAGAGAGGACAAGAAUUGGGUGUCUAAAAAUUUCAUGUCUCUGGAAAAAAAUAACCACUUUGAAAUUAAAUUUUGUAUAGAAGAACGGGAUUUUGAAGCAGGUGUAUCUGUGUUUGAAGCCACGAUUAACAGCAUAAAAAUGAGCAGGAAGAUUAUUUUUGUUGUGACUGAACACCUUUUACAGGAUCCCUGGUGUAAAAAUUUCAAGGUGUAUCAUGCUCUUCAGCAAGCUAUUGAACAAAGUCGGGACUCCAUCAUACUGGUCUUUCUUGAUGAUAUCCAAGAUUACAAGUUGUAUCACGCACUUCACCUGAGAAGAGGAAUGUUCAGAUCUUGCUGCAUCUUGAACUGGCCAGCCCAGAAAGAACGAGUCAGUGCAUUUCAUCAGCAAUUAGUGAUGGCACUUAAAUGUAAAACCAAAGUGCACUGAUUUUUGA